GCUGUAUAGUAGCGUCUACCGAGCGUGCUUGCUUCUCAGUAUCUCGUGCUGCGAGCCGGCUAACUUUUGGACCACCAAGGCCGAAGGUUUUAGUUUGUUCAAGUCCUAUCCUGGCAGUUUGGGAUCUGAAAGCCGUUUCGUACCCGUUUUAAAACUGGUUUCAACGGCUUCAGCCACAGCUGGGCAACAGAGAAAAUGAGCAAGGCUGGAAAAGCAGCGAAGGGUAGCGCCGAGGAGAAGGAAAAUUUGUUUGGGCGAAGUCAGAGUUACCGAGUCGCAACGACACCCCUAGUGAAUGAUGGUGCGGCUAAAAAAGAUGGCGGAAAAACCGGUAAGAAGGUGUCGAAGCGAAAAGCCAAGAAGCUGGAAAAGAAGGAAAACCUUGAAGAUCUCAAGAAAGAAUUAGAAAUUGACUGGCAUACAAUCGAGUUGGAUGAAGUGUGCAGGCGUUUGGAAACGAAUGUGGAAAGAGGUCUUACUGUAGAAAAAGCCGCAGAAGUUCUUGAGCGAGAUGGCCGUAAUGCUCUGACUCCCCCACCCACCACCCCUGAGUGGGUGAAGUUCUGUCGUCAGCUGUUUGGUGGUUUUGCUAUGCUGUUGUGGAUUGGUUCCAUUCUCUGUUUCGUCGCCUACACGAUUCUUGUAUUUACAGAAGAAGAACCACCUUCAGAUAAUUUAUAUCUUGGGAUAGUGUUGGCUACUGUGGUGAUUGUGACUGGGAUCUUCUCAUAUUACCAGGAAGCUAAGAGUUCUCGAAUCAUGGACAGCUUUAAGAAUUUGGUUCCCCAAGAAGCAAAUGUUUUGCGAAGUGGCGAGAGACGUACUAUUAAUGCAGAAGAAGUUGUUGUCGGUGACAUCAUUUUUGUGAAAGGUGGUGACAGAGUUCCUGCAGACAUCAGAGUAGUAGAAGCAAGAGGUUUCAAGGUGGACAACUCCUCACUCACUGGUGAAUCUGAGCCCCAGAGCAGAGGCCCUGACUGUACCAAUCAAAAUCCUUUAGAAACCAGGAAUCUUGCUUUCUUCUCAACAAAUGGACUGGAAGGAAACUGCAUUGGUAUCGCUGUGCAAACUGGAGACAACACUGUCAUGGGACGUAUUGCUAACUUGGCUAGUGGUCUUGGCUCUGACAAAACUCCAAUUGCUAUUGAGAUUGAACAUUUUAUCCACAUCAUUACUGGUGUUGCUGUCUUCCUUGGUGUCUCCUUUUUCAUCAUCGCAUUUAUUUUGAAGUACAACUGGCUAGAAGCUGUGAUCUUUUUGAUUGGUAUCAUUGUGGCCAACGUACCAGAAGGUCUUCUUGCAACUGUUACAGUGUGUUUGACCCUCACAGCUAAAAGGAUGGCUUCCAAGAACUGCUUGGUGAAAAAUCUUGAGGCUGUGGAGACUCUUGGCAGUACAUCAACAAUCUGUUCUGAUAAGACUGGUACACUCACUCAAAACAGAAUGACUGUGGCCCACAUGUGGUUUGACAACGUAACAAUUGAAGCUGACACAACUGAAGAUCAAUCAGGAGUUUCCUUCAAUAAGACAUCAGAUACAUGGAAAGCACUUGCUCGAAUUGCUGGACUUUGUAACAGAGCAGUAUUUAAAGCUGAUCAAGACCAUGUUCCCAUUUUGAAGAGGGAUUGCUCCGGAGAUGCCUCAGAAUCUGCCCUGAUGAAGUAUGUGGAGCUGUCAGAGGGCAGCGUGAAGGAAAUGAGGGAUAAACACCCCAAGGUUGCUGAGAUUCCAUUCAACUCCACCAACAAGUAUCAAGUCUCCAUUCAUGAAAACCCAGAUCCAGAUGACAAGCGCCAUAUUCUUGUGAUGAAGGGUGCUCCCGAGAGAAUCCUAGACCGUUGCUCGACAAUUUUGAUGAACGGCGAAGAAGUCGCUCUUGACGAGAAGAUGCAGGAAGCUUUCAAUGCUGCUUAUCUCGAGCUGGGAGGCAUGGGUGAACGUGUGCUUGGUUUCUGCCAUUUCUUUUUGCCCUUGGAAGAGUUCCCUCCAGGAUUUGAAUUCAACACAGAUGAGCCCGUCAACUUCCCUCUUGAAAACCUGUGCUUUGUUGGCUUAAUGUCCAUGAUUGAUCCUCCACGCGCUGCUGUUCCCGAUGCCGUCAGCAAAUGCCGCAGUGCAGGAAUCAAAGUUAUCAUGGUGACAGGUGACCAUCCAAUCACAGCUAAGGCCAUCGCCAAAGGAGUUGGAAUUAUCUCAGAAGGAACUGAGACUAUUGAAGAUAUUGCUAAUCGUCUGAACAUCCCAAUAGAGGAGGUUGAUCCAAGGCAAGCUAAAGCCAUCGUUGUUCAUGGACAGCAGUUGAAGGAUAUGGAAAGGAGCGACAUUGACGACAUCUUGUCUCACCACACGGAGAUUGUAUUCGCGAGAACCUCUCCACAACAGAAAUUGAUCAUUGUAGAAGGCUGCCAACGACAGGGAGCUAUUGUUGCUGUGACAGGAGAUGGUGUUAACGACUCGCCAGCUUUGAAGAGGGCAGAUAUUGGUGUUGCAAUGGGUAUCGCAGGCUCAGAUGUAUCCAAGCAGGCAGCUGAUAUGAUUCUUUUAGAUGACAACUUUGCCUCCAUUGUUACCGGAGUUGAAGAAGGUCGUUUGAUCUUUGACAACUUGAAGAAGUCCAUCGCCUACACACUGACCAGUAACAUCCCCGAGAUCAGUCCUUUCCUGAUGUUCAUCAUUUUGGACAUUCCUCUUCCACUGGGCACUGUGACAAUUCUUUGUAUCGAUUUGGGUACUGACAUGGUUCCCGCCAUCUCACUUGCUUAUGAAAAGGCCGAAUCAGACAUCAUGAAGCGUCAGCCUCGCGACCCUCUCAACGACAAACUCGUAAAUGAAAGGUUGAUUGCCAUGGCUUAUGGUCAAAUUGGUAUGAUUCAGGCUACCGCUGGUUUCUUCGUGUACUUUGUAAUCAUGGCUGAGAAUGGAUUCUUGCCUGGUUAUCUCUUUGGUUUGAGGAGACCUUGGGAUAACAGGGAUAUCAAUGAUUUGCAAGACUCCUAUGGCCAGGAGUGGACUUACAGCCAACGCAAGAUCUUGGAAUUCACUUGUCACACUGCCUUCUUUGUCAGUAUUGUGGUCGUGCAGUGGGCAGAUUUGAUCAUCUGUAAGACCAGGAGAAAUUCUCUCUUCACACAGGGAAUGAACAACUGGUUCUUGAACUUCGGUCUGGUCUUCGAGACUUGCUUAGCUGCCUUCCUCAGCUACACUCCCGGCAUGUCCAAUGGACUUCGCAUGUAUCCGUUAGCUUGGCAGUGGUGGUUUCCAGCCAUGCCUUUCAGCCUUGUCAUCUGGAUCUAUGAUGAAAUUCGUCGUUACAUUCUGCGUAGAUACCCAGGAUGCUGGCUUGACCAGGAAACGUACUAUUAGAACUCUUUUAUUACCUGACAUUUGAUGCUACUCAAUUACUUUGGACCUUUCCUAACUAUGUCCUUCAAGUAUACAGAGUUGCCGUCGAUAUCAGUGUCCAUCACUUAUGUUUUAUUUUGAUUUGAAAUGGGAUAUCCAUUCUCAAUGUAUCGGGCUUUGCCUCAGGCCUGAAGCUAGUUAAAUGUGUGUUUUAAGUGAGUAGGGUUAGCUUUCGUAGGGUAUAGGUGUCUAUAGUCCUUUGAAACGAUUUGUGGAAACGUUUAGUAGUAAAACUUUGAAUUUAGAAUUGUAGUGUGAUACGUGGUCAGCGGUACCUACAUGUAGGUCGUCUUGAAAGAGUGAUGUCAUGGUAUUCUGAGGUAUUUUACUGCGACGUGCAAGGUGACCUCCGCUAUAAGAUAAAAAUGAAAGCUUUUUUUUUAUUAGAUCGAGAACAGCAAAGAGGAAAAAAAUCAAUCGGAAAGGAAUAAGGAAAAAGAACGGUGAACCAUGAUGUUUCUCUUUCAACCUUCUAACUUCCAUGAUCUGAUUAUUAAAUCUCACUUCUAUCCUCCAUACAUUACCCUGUAAACAAGAGGAGAGAGUUUGUUAUGAAAGCCAGAUCACGCGCCACCCCCCCUCCCCCCAUAAGCUCGUUUCUUACCAUCACCUGAUUGGUGGAUAAUAUUCUUACAGUGCAAAGGCAAGUUGCAUUUUGAUCAGGACUGGAAGUUUGAGGGCAAGAGUUAGCUUCAGUUGCUAGGUGAGACUCGUCGCGUAAUCAUUAAAAAAAGUUAAAAUAUUGGUUAAUAUCACUCUUCUGUAUUGUAGCAAUUGUAGCAAGCACUGUUCUCAUUUUAAUCUUGGCACAUUUUCUCGCAUAGCAUUUUGUAACAACAUUAGGAUUGUUACUGCAUUAAUAUAUUUAAAAGAUUGAAUCUGAGUUAGUCUUCUUUUUAUCCUGGCGAAGUCAUUUUAAUGGACCGUUCGCAGGCUUUGUGUAGUCAGAUAUUUUUAGAUUUGGCAUUUGCACCUGUUUCAGAAUUAAUUGUGAGAGCGGAAAUGAAGCAAUUUCUUUAGUUUGGAAUCAAGAUCUUUAAGCUAAGAUGAAUUUGUCUUCAUGGACUACGACGGUAUUGCGAGACAAACUUAGAAGUGAUUGUACGAAGUACAUGGGAUAAAUUCUCUCUUUUUCUGAAGGUCGUACGGCUUUUUGAACCCGUGCUCCACAAUAUGGGGUGAAUGGUAAUUAGCCUUGAAGGUAUUUUUAUCAAUGGACUAGGGUAUACGAGGAAUUGUCUGUCCGUGUAAAAAAAAAAUUUUUAUAGCGAUAAUGAAACGACAGUAAUUACGACAAACUAAACAGUAACAAGAAGAAAAACAAAGAAAUACCAGAAGUUUCGAGAGAAGCAGCAACCAAACGAGAAAUGUCAAAAGAAUAAUCUUCACGAACAGAUGACAACAAUAGUAACAAUAUCGACAAUGACAGCGGUAUCCACAGCAACAGUAGCGACAGAAAAAGUAGAAGUGAUGGAGCAGCAGCAAACUGAAGGUAGCAACAGUUCACAAUAACAAGUACAACAGUUAACAUUUAUAAUCAAUAAACAAACAACAAUAAGCAGCAACAAAUGUAAGGUUGUAAUAUUUAAUCUCUCAUGUUAUCAGCCGUAGGUAUUUGUUUUCAUAUUAUUCCUGUAGAAAUUGCUAUCUGCAAAGGUUUUCCUUGUAAGCUUAAUUUUCAACUUAGACCUAGUCUAUUAAUUGAUGCACAAUAGUGCGCAUUCAUGUAAAAGUAAACGUUAGAAGUGUAGCUUCGUGGUUAAAUAGUUGUCAAAACUUUUUUUUUAAUGUAAAUUUUCGGCGCAAACCUAUCUUUUGGGGAGCUCUCGUGUCAGUCAUAUAGCUUGCUUUGCAUGAGUCGCAAUCUGAAUGAAACCCGGUAUGAAUUUUACUGUUUUAUUUAAUAUUUAGGGAACUAUUACUUUAGCAAUGAAGGUCAUUGGCAGAUUUUUGACUGUAGAUGAGACGUCAAGUCAAUUUGAUUACAUUCUAGCUUGUUUAAGAUGGAUUUGUAAUUUACCAUGUUGAAAAACGGUAACCUAGCGUUUUAUCAUUAAAGGAUAUUUGAUAUCUGCAAAA